AUGGCGUCUCACAACUUUGAGGCCAUGGCCUCCAAACUGGACGACCCUAACUCUGAUCUGAGGGCAAAGGGCACCCAGGCCAUUGAAAUCCGGGACAACAUCGAGAGCUACUGCCAAGGACCGCAAUACAGCGCAUUCCUGAACCACCUAGUUCCCGUGUUUCUCAAAAUACUCGAUGGCAAUCCAGUAUUCAUAUCCACAUCGCCCGAACAGCGGAUACGAAACUGCAUCCUCGAAAUCCUGCACCGCCUGCCCAUGAACCCGGCCGAGGCGAUCGAACCGCAUGCCGCUAAGAUUGUGGAUAAGCUUAUGAGUCUGGUCAAAUUGGAAAAUGAAGACAAUGCGGUUUUGUGCAUGAAGACCAUUAUGGAUUUCCAGCGCCACCAGACUAAAGCCCUCGCGGACCGCGUUCAACCUUUCCUCGACCUGAUCCAAGAAAUGUUUGAGACAAUGGAGCAAGCCGUGCACGACACAUUCGAUAGCAGUGCGCCUGGGUCAACCUCGUCAGGCGUCCCCUCGACCCCGAACAAUCACCAGUUUUCGCAAUCUCCUCGUCCCAAUUCACCAGCAACCACGCUAAGUUCCAGCUCCGCGGGCGAUCUUGGCUCCGAGCACCAGCAGACGCGCAUGCUGCUCAAGGGAAUGCAGUCGUUCAAGGUUCUUGCAGAGUGCCCAAUCAUUGUGGUAUCACUAUUCCAGGCCUACCGGAACUGCGUGAACAAGAACGUAAAACUCUUUGUUCCGCUCAUCAAAAAUGUGCUUUUGCUCCAGGCGAAGCCGCAAGAGAAGGCGCAUGAGGAGGCCAAGGCCCAGGGCAAGAUUUUUACUGGUGUCAGCAAGGAGAUUCGGAAUCGAGCCGCUUUUGGCGAUUUCAUCACAGCUCAGGUUAAGACCAUGAGCUUCCUGGCAUAUCUCCUCCGAGUCUACGCAAAUCAGCUGAAUGAUUUCCUGCCAACAUUACCGGAUAUCGUCGUGCGCCUUCUCAAGGACUGUCCGCGGGAAAAGUCCGGGGCGCGCAAGGAGCUACUGGUAGCUAUUCGGCAUAUCAUCAACUUCAACUUUCGCAAAAUCUUUCUGAAAAAGAUUGACGAGCUACUGGACGAGAGAACCUUGAUUGGAGACGGACUUACCGUGUACGAAACCAUGCGCCCGCUUGCAUAUAGUAUGCUUGCAGAUCUCAUUCACCAUUUGCGAGAUUCGCUUUCAAAGGAACAGAUUCGCCGCACAGUCGAGGUGUACACAAAGAACCUGCACGACAGCUUCCCGGGGACCAGUUUUCAGACUAUGAGUGCGAAACUGCUUCUGAACAUGGCAGAGUGCAUCGCAAAAUUAGAGCCCAAGGAAGAUGCUCGGUACUUCUUGAUCAUGAUUCUCAAUGCCAUUGGGGACAAAUUUGCCGCUAUGAACCGCCAGUACCACAACGCUGUCAAACUCUCGGCACAGUACAGCCAACCAUCAAUUGAGGCGAUUGACGAAAAUCACAUGGCCGUUCAGGACAGCCCCCCAGACUGGGAUGAGAUUGACAUCUUCAACGCGACGCCCAUCAAGACAUCGAAUCCCCGAGACCGAAGUUCUGACCCGAUUGCUGACAACAAGUUCUUGUUCAAGAACCUAUUGCACGGGCUCAAAAAUCUCUUCUACCAGCUGCGAGCGUGCAACCCGGCCAAGAUCAAAGAAGAGAUCGACCCAGCAAAUGCGUCGGCCAAUUGGCAUGAAGUGUCCUUUGGCUACAAUGCCGAAGAGGUUGAGGUUCUCAUCAAACUUUUCCGUGAAGGUGCCAAAGUGUUCCGCUAUUAUGGCACUGACAAGGCGCCUGAGACUCAAGGAAUGUCACCAGGAGAUUUCAUGGGCAACCAGCAUAUGAUGUCGAGCGGCAAAGAAGAGAAGGAUCUACUGGAGACGUUUGCUACAGUUUUCCACCACAUUGACCCAGCCACAUUCCACGAAGUGUUUUCAUCCGAGAUACCCCAUUUGUACGAUAUGAUGUUCGAUCACCCGGCAUUGCUCCACGUUCCACAGUUUCUUCUUGCUUCCGAGGCCACAUCCCCCAGUUUUUCGGGCAUGUUGCUACAGUUCCUCAUGGAUCGGAUUGAAGAGGUUGGCACUGCGGAUGUCAAGAAGUCAUCCAUUAUGCUUCGCCUCUUCAAGUUGUCCUUUAUGGCAGUCACACUCUUUUCUGCUCAAAACGAGCAAGUCCUCUUGCCGCACGUCAGCAAGAUCAUCACAAAAUCUAUUCAGCUAUCAACGACUGCCGAGGAGCCCAUGAACUAUUUCCUCCUGCUCAGGUCGCUCUUUAGGAGUAUUGGCGGUGGUAGGUUUGAGCAUCUAUACAAGGAGAUUCUUCCCCUUCUAGAGAUGUUGCUGGAUGUUCUCAACAACCUUUUAUUGACGGCGCGCAAGCCUGCAGAAAGGGACUUAUUCGUUGAGCUUUCUCUUACGGUACCUGCGAGAUUGAGUAACCUUCUACCACAUCUUAGCUACCUGAUGAGACCGCUGGUCGUUGCUUUGCGAGCUGGAUCUGAUCUUGUAGGUCAAGGGCUUCGUACUCUGGAGCUUUGCGUGGAUAACCUCACCGCGGACUACCUGGAUCCUAUCAUGGCGCCGGUAAUCGAUGAAUUGAUGGCUGCUCUAUGGGAGCAUCUUAAGCCGAAUCCUUAUAGCCAUUUCCAUGCCCAUACAACAAUGCGCAUCCUUGGUAAACUUGGCGGUCGCAACCGUAAAUUCAUCACAGGGCCACCAGAACUCAACUUCAAGCCGUACUCGGACGAUCAAUCCUCUAUCGACAUACGUCUCAUUGGAUCAACCAAAGACCGGGCAUUUCCUGCGGCAAUCGGAAUUGACACCGCAAUUGCAAAGCUCUACGAGGUCCCUAAGACACCCGCGGCUAAGAAGUCUGAUACAUUCCACAAACAGCAGGCCCUCCGCCUCAUCACGGCCCACACAAAGCUGCUGGUCGGCUUCGACAGCUUGCCUGAGGACUUUGCACAGCUGGUCCGCCUGCAAGCCAGUGACUUGUGUGCCAAGAAGUUCGAUGCCGGUUAUGACAUUCUUACUGCAUCGGAGCGUGAGAAGUCAAUCACCAAAAAGAGCGUGGAGCAGGAGACUUUGAAGAAGUUACUAAAGGCUUGUAUCUUUGCUGUGUCUAUACCUGAGUUGAAGUCUGACGCUGAGGCUCUGGUGAAUAACUUGGCGAAGCAUUUCACGCUCCUAGAACUUGGAACCCAGUUCGCAACGCUCAAACACAAGACGAAGCCGUUUGAUGUCCAUUCGGGUGAGGGACCCGUCGUGAUCGAAACCGAUGUUAUUUCGGAAGCUAUCGGCGAAUCCCUAGCUUCAGAGCAUGCUGCUGUGCGCGACGCUGCGGAACAAGUCAUCAUAACCAUGCGCGAUGCUACAAAGGCCAUUUUUGGAAACGACGGCUCUCUCGACAAGUUUGUUUUCUUCACUGAGCUUUCCAGCACCUUCUGCCACAACUGCCAUGCGGAUGACUGGUUCAUGAAGUCUGGCGGAACUCGUGGUAUUGAGAUCAUGAUCAAGCAGCUAGGGCUUCCUCAGACCUGGCUGGUGCCUCGCCACUUCGAGCUUGUUCGCGCUUUGAACUUUGUCAUGAAGGACAUGCCCAUCGAUCUGGACUCGAAAACGCGCAUUCAAGCUGAGGGUCUUAUUCAAGAUCUCAUCCGGCGAUGCCACAAGAAGAUCAAGAAAGAAGACUUUGACAAGGGCAACAACAUUACGCUAAGGCUUUGCCAGCAACUCGUGGGUGAUCUGUCACAUAUGAACAAAAAUGUGCGGGACGCGACACAGAAGGCUUUCCAAGUGCUCUCUGAUGUCACUGAACUGAGCGUGAGCGACCUCAUCACACCCGUCAAAGAUAGGCUCAUUCUGCCCAUUUGGACAAAGCCACUACGAGCGUUGCCCUUCAGCAUUCAGAUUGCCUACAUCGACGCCAUCACCUUUUGUCUGAAGCUUAAGAACAACAUCCUCGAGUUCAAUGAGCAAUUGACGAGGUUGCUUAUGGAGUCCCUCGCGCUAGCAGACGCCGAAGACGAACACCUUGCAAGCAAACCCUUUGAGCAAAGGAACGCCGACCACAUUAUCAAUCUGCGGGUAGCCUGUAUUCGACUGCUCUCGACUGCGCAGAGUUUUCCUGAGUUCAGCACUACCCCACCAAACCAGACGUUCCUCCGCAUCAUCGCUGUCUUCUUCAAGUGUCUCUAUUCAAAGUCACCUGAGGUCAUCGAGGCAGCCAACAUUGGACUUUCGGGCGUCAUCUCAGCGACGAACAAGCUACCCAAAGAUGUGCUUCAAAGCGGACUUCGGCCCAUUUUGGUGAACCUCCAGGACCCACGAAAGCUUUCUGUCGAAAACCUUGAUGGUCUUGCCCGUUUGCUGAAGCUGCUCACAAACUACUUCAAGGUGGAGAUUGGAACACGUCUUCUUGACCAUCUCAAGAGCAUCGCCGAUCAAAACAGUCUUCAGAAGAUCUCAUUCACCAUGAUUGAGCAGAACUCCAAGAUGAAGAUUGUGACUGGCAUCUUCAACAUCUUCCAUCUGUUGCCACCAGCAGCUGCUACAUUCUUGAAGCAGAUCAUCGAAAAGGUCAUUGAGUUGGAGAGUGCGCUCAGAAGGACGCAUUACAGUCCAUUCAGAGAACCUUUGAUCAAGUACUUGUGCAUGUAUCCGAAAGAAGCCUGGGACCAUUUUGCCCCCAAUCUGAAAGAUCAUACCCAAGGACGCUUCUUUGCCCAGCUGCUUCAAGACCCGGCGAGCGAGGCCCUCCGCAAGCAGGUCACAGAAGAUGUUCCAGGUUUUUUGAAUGCCAUCAACCCGGAGGGUACUGAUAAGGAGAAGUGUCAAGCUCAGCUCAAUGGUAUUCACAUCGCCUAUGCUUUAUCUCAAUGCGAAGAGACUAGCAAGUGGCUUGUUUCAGCCACAGAACUACGCAAAGGACUUUUUGAAGCGGCUCGAUCGUUGGAAAAGAAGCUGAGGGCAAACACCCUCGACGCGGAACUGCGCUUGGCAACUGAACAGGCUGGCGACCAGAUCAUGAUCAUCUUUACAACGUACCUCAAGCAUGAGCCAAGCAGUCUGGAUUUCUUCUUUGAACUUGUCGACGCUGUCACAUCCGAGGAGUUCAAGGCUUCUCCACGCUUGUUUGACUUUAUCUACGAACAAAUCAUUUCCAGCGACUCUGUGGAUUACUGGAAGACAAUCGUGAACAAGUGCAUCGACCUGUACACAUCACGCAAUUCGUCACAAAAGACGAAGACUUUCAUCUUCCGGCACAUUGUCAACCCCAUCUUUGCCAUGGAUGUAAAGCGCAACUGGGAAGCCUUGUUUGACCAGAAAGCCAAGGGUACCAAGUUCAUGGACAAAGCCAUGACCGAAACCAUACAUAGCCGGCUUUGGAAGCCACAAUCGACACUUGAGCUUUCAGAAGACACUGCGCAGCUUGGUGUGGAUCAUUCACGCAUGGAGCUUCUCCAACUUACCACCCUGCUCCUGAAACACUACCCUGGCAUGAUCCAAGAAGCCCGUAAGGAUGUCAUCAAGUUCGCUUGGAACUACAUUAAGCUUGAGGAUAUCAUCAACAAGUACGCUGCUUACGUGCUCAUCGCCUUCUUCAUUGCCGCUUUCGACACACCUGUCAAGAUUGCUGUGCAAGUCUAUCAAGCCCUGCUCAAAGCACAUCAGAAUGAAGGUCGUUCACUUGUGAUGCAAGCGCUUGAACUGAUGGCUCCUGUCUUGAAGAAGCGGAUGCCAGUAUUGCCUGGGUCAGAUUCUAAGAUGCCUCGCUGGAUUCAAUUCCCUCGCAAGAUUCUCUCAGAGGAGAGUUCUAAUCUACAGCAGUUGAUGAGCAUCUUCAAUUUCUUGGUCCGACACCCAGAUCUCUUCUACGAAGGAAGAGAGCAUCUGUCGCCCAUCAUCAUUACAGCACUAUCCAAAAUUGCGCAACCUCCGAAUCCCUCGACUGAUGCAAAGAAGCUUGCAUUGAAUUUGAUCCGCCUGAUCAGGACUUGGGAGGAACGUACAGCAAGUGAGAGUGGGGGCUCAUCGGAUCGACAGUCAGAGUCACCGCAGGCUGUUAAGAGGCGUGCUGAUGGAUCGGCCGUGGUUCCAAGUUCAGCACCGAAGGGCUUUGUUGCAGGUGCUCCAAUCCGGAUGAUGUUGAUCAAGUAUCUUAUCCAGUUCAUUGCGUACCUGCCAGAGCGCUUCCCCGUUGCUUCGCCGAAACCCAAGGAUGCCAAUGCCGCCACUCCCAACACCGCGCAACCUGCUGAGAUCUGCAGGAAGGCUGUGCAGCUUCUGCAUGACUUGCUUUCACCACGACUAUGGAACGAUCUGGAUCUUGAUCUUAUGCUUACCAAGAAGAUCGAGGAGAUUCUUCUCACUGAGAUGAAGCAGGAAGACAAGGCUGAGGUAUUCAAUACUCGUAUGAUCAACACGCUCCAGAUUGUGAAGGUCAUCGUCAACGUUAAGCCUGAUGACUGGGUCUUGCAGCGCAUUCCACAGUUUCAGAAGAUCCUCGACAAGCCCAUUCGAUCCGAGAACCCCGAUGUCCAAGCCAGCCUUCACGCAACGGACGAAUCUGAGGAUGGUGCUAUGAAACUGAAGCCUAUCCUCAAGCGCAUUCUAGAGGUAAUGCCUGAACCCGUUACUGAUGACGAAGGAAACAUUGAAGAGUCGCCUUCUACCGAGUUCGUCAACUUCCUCGGUACCAUCGCUACUGAAGCACUCUCCAAUAGCUCUUAUGUCAGCGCAAUCAACAUCCUCUGGACCUUGUGCCAGAAACGACCCGAGGAGAUUGAUCAACAUAUCCCGCAAGUCAUGAAGGCAUUCCAAGGCAAAAUGGCCAAGGAUCAUCUCGCUGGAAACAGCGGGGUUCCUGGACAACCCGUGCCACCUGCUAUGCGCCCUGAAGGGGCCAAUCCUCCCACGGAUCCUCGCGAGAUUGAGAUUCAAACAGACUUGGUGCUCAAGACUGUCGACAUCUUGGCUGCUCGCAUGAACGAACUCGGUGAAAACCGAAGGCCAUAUCUUAGUGUCCUUGCUUCAUUGGUCGAGCGAUCGCAAACCAACUCGGUCUGUAUGAAGGUACUGGAUCUUGUCGAAGAAUGGAUCUUCCGCUCCACUGAGCCCGUGCCGACUCUUAAGGAGAAGACUGCAGUACUCAGCAAGAUGCUGCUGUUCGAACAUCGGGCUGAUACCUCGCUGUUGACUCGCUUCUUGGACCUCGUCAUUCGCAUCUACGAGGACCCCAAGAUUACAAGGAGCGAGCUGACUGUACGCAUGGAGCACGCCUUCUUGAUCGGCACCCGUGCACAAGACGUCGAGAUGCGUAACAGAUACAUGGCCAUCUUCGACAAGAGCUUGAGCCGUACUGCGGCCAGUCGCCUCAGCUACGUCCUGGCUUCUCAAAACUGGGACACCCUUUCUGACAGCUAUUGGCUGAGCCAGGUCAUUCAUUUGAUGUUUGGCUCGGUCGAGAUGAACACUCCAGCACAACUUCAUUCAGAAGACUUCCGCCUCAUGCAACCCAGUACGCUGUUUGGAACGUAUGCUCGAGACUCCAGGAUUGGAGAUGUCAUGGUCGAUGAUGAGCUGGAGAACCUUGUCAUCAGCCAUCGCCGCUUCUGCCACCAGCUUGCUGAUGUCAAGGUCAAGGACAUUUUCGAACCGCUCGGACAUUUGCAGCACACUGACAGUAACUUGGCACACGAUAUUUGGGUGGCUUUCUUCCCACUAGCCUGGACUGCACUUACAAAAGACGACCAGAGCGACCUUGAAAAGGGCAUGGCAGCUUUGCUCACGAAAGACUAUCACUCGCGCCAACUCGAUAAACGACCCAACUGUGUUGCAACCAUGCUCGAUGCUAUCGUGCAUUCCCGCCCACGGGUUAAGUUCCCGCCUCACAUCAUGAAGUAUCUGGCCCAGACAUACAAUGCCUGGUACACUGCCGCAGUGUAUAUGGAAGAAUCCGCCAUUUCUCCCGUCGUCGAUGUCGAAAAACUGCGUGAGAGCAACCUGGAUGCUCUGUUGGAGAUUUAUAGCGGUCUACAAGAAGAUGAUCUAUUCUACGGGACAUGGCGUCGGCGUUGCCAAUUCAUUGAAAGCAACGCUGCUUUAUCGUACGAGCAGUGUGGCAUUUGGGACAAGGCCCAGCAAAUGUACGAGGCUGCACAAAUCAAAGCCCGCACAUCUGUUCUUCCCUUCAGCACUGGCGAGUAUAUGCUUUGGGAAGAUCACUGGGUUAUUUGCGCACAGAAGUUGCAACAGUGGGAGAUUCUGAGUGACUUUGCCAAGCACGAGAACUUCAACGAUCUCUACCUGGAGUCAACCUGGCGUGUUUUUGAUGCAUGGCAGAAUGCCGAAACCCGCGAACAACUUGAUGCGACCAUCAAAGCUGUUAGCGAUGCACCAACGCCGCGAAGAGUCUUCUUUCAGACCUUCAUGUCAUUGCUCAAGCUCCACAACAAGCAAGAGUCGCAGCCAGAGUUCCAUCGACUUUGUGAUGAGUCCAUCCAGCUCUCCAUUAGGAAAUGGCACCAGCUUCCACGACGCAUCACCCAGGCACACAUCCCGCUCUUGCAGCACUUCCAACAACUUGUUGAGUUGCAUGAUGCAAGUGUCAUUUGCCAGAGUCUUGCUCAGACUACUCAAGUCAACCUGGAUGUCAAAUCGCAGGAGCUGAAGUUGCUCCUCAGCACCUGGCGCGAUCGUCUGCCAAACUUCUGGGACAAUAUCAACGCAUGGCAGGAUCUCGUCACUUGGCGCCAACACAUCUUCCAGCUCAUUAACGGUGUGUACCUGAACCUGCUGCCUCCAAACCAGAACAACGCCAGCGGCAACUCUUUCGCAUACCGAGGCUACCACGAGACUGCAUGGAUUAUUAAUCGCUUUGCACAUGUGGCCCGCAAACACAACUUGCCUGAAAUUCAAGAGGCCUUCCUGAAGCUCCGUGAACAGGCAAAGUGUCACUACCAGAUAAAGGCCGACCUCAAUAGUGGCUUGGAUGUGAUUAAUAACACCAAUCUGAACUACUUUGGUCCGAAUCAAAAGGCAGAAUUCUACACUCUCAAGGGUAUGUUCCUGGCUAAGUUGGGUCAGAAGAACGAAGCGGGUGAAGCUUUUGGCACUGCAUUGUAUUUUGACAUUAAGCUGCCAAAGGCAUGGGCCGAGUGGGGACGCUACAACGACAUGCUGUUCAAGGAGGAGCCACAAAACCUGGAGAGGGCAGAGGCAGCGCUCAGCUGCUAUUUGGAAGCUGCCAGCCAAUUCAAGAACGCCAAGUCCAGGAAACUGCUUGGGCGUGUUCUGUGGUUGCUCAGCUUGGACAACCCAGAGCGCAAAUUGGCUGAGAAGUUUGAAGAAUUCAAGGGUGAUACGCCAGCGUGGUACUGGAUUACUUACAUUCCGCAGUUGUUGAACAGUCUGUCGCGACAGGAAGCUCCUAUUGCGAGAUCCAUUCUUGGGAAACUGGCAAAGACGUAUCCACAGGCGCUGUACUGCCAUCUUCGCACUACACGAGAAGACAUGGCUGUACUCAAGAAGACGCAUGAGCAGAAGGAAGCAAAGGAAAAGGCGGCGAAGGCGAAGCAGCAACAGGCACAAGCUUCACCAGCAACGAAACAAGCUUCACCCGAAUCCGGCAACCAGGCAGCGGCCGCAGGCACUGAUGCCAAGCCUGCAGCCAACGGAACAGCCAACGGUAUAGUCAAGACAGAAGGUGCGGCGCAAGGCAGUCCAAAGGCCGGUAACGCACCUGCCCCUGCCGAUGCUCCUCCAGCACCAAAGAAGCCAUGGGACCAUGUCGAGGAGAUUAGUGCUAUCCUCAAGACGGCUUUCCCUCUACUCGCGCUAUCCAUGGAAACAAUGCUCGACCAGAUCCAGAAGAACUUCAAGUGCCCUCCUGACGAAGAUGCUUACCGACUCAUCGUAGCUCUGCUAAACGACGGGCUGUCUUAUGUGGGCCGCCAGCCAAAUCUUUACGCACGCGAGAUCAAACUGCCAGCAUCGACCGAGGCUAACAUUACGCGUUUCGCUGAGUCUGUUCUGCCACCGCACAUUCGCAAGGCUUUCGAGAAGGACUUUGUCACUAACAAGCCGACAAUGUACGAAUACAUCCAGAAGUUGCGUACCUGGCGGAAUCGCUUUGAAGAGAGGCUCGACCGAAGGAAGCUUACUGUGCCGCUUGAGCAGUAUACACACCAGCUCAGCGAGUUCCGUUUCCUCAAGUUUGACGAUGUUGAGGUACCUGGACAGUAUCUGCAGCACCGAGACAAGAACUCCGACUUUGUGCGCAUAGAACGCUUCCUUCCCGACGUGGAACUGGUGCGUGGCAUUGGCAUCUGUCAUCGCCGCCUCAGGAUUCGUGGCCACGAUGGAAGCAUUCAUCCUUUUGCUAUCCAGUUCCCUGCUGCUAGGAGCUCAAGGCGCGAAGAGCGCAUUGUCCAACUGUUCCGCAUCUUCAACGGUAUCUUGGCGAAGCGCAAGGAGAGCCGCAGAAGGAACCUGCAGUUCCAUCUUCCCCUUAUGAUUCCAAUCACACCCAGUGUGCGCAUGGUGCAAGAUGAUGCGUCAUACAUCAACAUGCAGGGUAUCUACGAGGAUUACUGCCGUAAGAAUGGCAUCAAUAAGGACGAACCCAUACUCUUUAGCAUCGAGAAACUGAGAGCUCUCCAGCCUAAAAAUCUGGACCAUGCUAACAGUAUCCGCCUCGAAACCUUUGCUGCUGUUCAAGAGAAAUAUGUACCUCCAACAGUCAUCCAGGACUACUUCCGCGCCACGUUCCCCACAUUUGACGACUUCUGGCUGUUCCGUCGCACAUUCAGCUACCAGCUUGCCGCUCUCACCUUUAUGACGUACGUCAUGCACAUGAACACGCGCUUCCCACAGAAGAUCAGUGUGUCACGUGCCAGCGGUCGGAUUUGGGGCUCUGAAUUGAUUCCCAGCAUGGCUGUCGGCAAGCCCAUUCUACACAACUCGGAGCCUGUACCUUUCCGUCUGACGCCCAACUUGCAAACAAUCAUGGGUCCGCUCAAUCUCGAAGGAAUCUUUGCUCCCAGCGUUAUGACUGUGGCUCGAUGCUUGAUCGAACCCGAGGGCGAGCUAGAAAUGCAGCUCAGUAUCUUCAUGCGCGAUGAAAUGAACCACUGGUUCACCAGCCAACACAAGGCUAGUCAAUUGACACCAGAAGUUCUCAGGGAGAGCGUCCAGAACAACAGCGAUUUGGUGGUCAAGAGGGCCAGUGCUAUCGGUAGCCUGCCCACUGGAGCUAAUCUGCCGGCAAACCAGACUGUUGUCGACCUCGUUGCUGUAGCGGUACAUCCGGCCAAGUUGAGCCAGUGCGAUCCGCUCUGGAUGGCAUACUUGUAG